AUGGGCGGUCAAGGUAAGAGAGACUGGACGGGGCACGAGAAGAGCCAGUUUGCUACAGGCGGGAGUGGAGAUUUCCAUGAUGAACAUGCUGCGAACGAGGUGUCGCCGAUUGGGGGUGGGAAGAACUGGGAGAUGGGCGCUCCUUGGGCUCGUGGCGAAGGGAGGGUGAUUUCGAGAGGGCGAGUAAGAAGAAGUCACGAUUUGAGCACCUGGACAACGUCGCAAAGAUUGUACCUCCAGCAGAGGAUACUUACGUGGCCUCCCGUUGUGUAA